UUGUGUCUCAGUCACUCUCUUCCUUUCACCCCCACCUUUACGUUCUUUUUCCGUUCUACCAGUCAGUCCUUACUACAAUAACCGCUGCCUACAUCAUUCCUUAGUGGCAGGCUACACAAUCAUUAGCAACAGCAAUCGCGUCUCUUUUAGAUACAAUGACCGACGUCAUGGCCCAACAGGGCUUUGGACUAAACGCCCCCUCUUCACGACAAGAUGUUGUCAGCGCACUACUAAACGACUAUGGAAACUCGUUCGGUCACGGCGACACAUCACCGUUGGAAUAUUCGCCUGUGCCGGCGCUCAAAGAGCUUCCUCCACCGCCUCCAUCACAGGGAGAUGACCUCAGGGACAAACCGCUGCCUGCCGUUCAACGAAUGGGCAUGAAGUUUCAGCUACGAGUUCAUGAGGACGCACCUCUGUCGCCUAAUGGCUUACGAAAAGAUUCUUUGGAACAGCAGCCACAACGGCGGAUCGUUUCGCGCAGCUUGUCCCGUGGCGCGAAACCGGCUUCGCUCAAAUUAACUAUCAGCAACGGAUCAACGGCGACGGUUCCGUCCACACCAGCACUUCCAGCACUACCACGGAACUUUCCUUCUUCAGGGCCCCCUGAGGAGAAAGAUCUGCCGCCGCCACCGCCAGAGAAGUCAAUAAGACGAAAGAGUGUCAAGCAAGCGACAAUGGGACAAGAUCAAUCAAAGAGUGGACAACAUCUUGCUCGGAGUGACUCUCUGUUAUCGCAAGGCGAGACGAACGCCACGGCGCACCUGUCUUCCGAGGUUGUAGAUGCGCCACCAGUUAUCAAAAGAAAAGCGGUUCCGAUCAUGGCAGUGAAGAAAUUCAUGAGCCUGGCAGAGCUAGGCAAUCGACCUCGCGGGGGGAAAGGUGGAUCUAUACCUCCUACAUCUGAGCCGAGAGAAGCCGGCGUUGAUAACCAGGCUUCAAACCUAUCCUCAAGCGACACACCGCAGGCCUCAGAAGAAACCAUAAAACCUCAACAACAAGCACAGGCACAAGCAUCAGCUUUCAAUCAACUGCCACCUACGCCGGAGGAAGACAAAGCAGCUCUUCCCCCAGCACCACCGCGAAAGGUCUACACAGCCGUCGGUCUGCCCUCAAACCCUCGAGCCAAAGGCCCAGCUUCGCCUUCGCAUAUUCGAGCCAAAAGCAGCUCAAGUUUUAACAUUUUGAAGGCACACAGACCUGCUCCUCCCAUUCCAAUGGGCAAUGUGGACACGAUUACCCCAGAAAUGACGCCCUCGCCGAAGUUGAAGCCAGUUGAGACGGGAAGGGAUGUGAUAAUCUCGCCUGUCUCGCCAUUACCGCCGCCGAGCGAGCAGCAGAGACCGUUCAGCUUCGAAGCACUUCCUGAAUCCCAGAAGCAGCCAGCAAAGCCUAGCCCUGCGACGAUGGCUUCGCCUGUGUCAAACCCACCGGCACAAGAUAUGUUUCCUCCACGAACGACGUCGCGCGAUGCCCCAGAGCCAAAUCUAGCUGCUCCUCCUUCGACUGCGCCAGCACCGAUGACAUCUCAGCAACCCAAUAACUCAUCGCCCCCUUCGUUGCCAAACGCAGAAGACGCCCAGUCGCCUCCACCUCCACCACCUUUCACGCCCCUCACCCGGCAACCCAUCCCGCUUCCCACGAGCCGGAUUCCGCAAAUCGGCCCAGCACACUUGCAUUGCUACACCAACCAUAAAACCACCGUCUGGAGCAACAACAACUUUCAGCCCAUGGGCUGCAUGAUCUGCCACGCCAACGAGCGAGAGAGGAAGUGGGCGUGCACGUGGUGCCAGUUGAGGAUUUGCCGAUCGUGUAGUGAGGAGCUGAAUAUGAUUCCUGGCAGAAAUUUGCGGGCGCUCUUGAAUGCUAAAGGGGAGGUGCAUGGCGCGGAGGAGGGGGACUCGGGGAUCGUGGUGAGCGAUGAUGAUGUGGAUCAGCGCGGCGAGGGAUUUGAUGGGAAGUCAACAAUACAGUGAGCCCACUCAGGGGCUAGGAGAGAGGCGUUCUUGCUUUAUUUUCGCAUGGCUGGCGUAUGUACGGUUUCACUCUAUGGGCAACGUUCAACAUGAAGAACUGCCUAGACUGGCAAGCAU